AAGUCCCUACUUAGCAGAGAAAAGUAGCAUUCAGAUAGAUAUCAGCAUAAUCUUAAUGAGUCAACAAACAUGACAUUUAGACAUGCUCUCAUGCAUAUGUUUGAGUUUGACCCACAGAGGCAAGAGACCUGUUUUCAUUCAAGCCUGUUAUUCUGUAACCCUGAAGGGGGGAAGAAAUCUGGCAAAGUUACAAAUAUGAGAUUAAAGUCGCAAGAAUUAAAAUCUGAGUAACUGAUGAAAGGGGUUUGACAAAAAAAAAUGCUAUGGUUUGUCCUUUUAAGGAAUGCCUCAAGCCUCUGAUGUCAGGAUCUCAAUUGCACGGUCAUCACUGAUGCAGACUACAAACCCUUAAACCACACCUACACUGCGACAUCUAAAUGGACUUACUCACAUGUUGCUAUCAUUUAACAAUCAUACAGGAGAGAAUCCCUGUCUCUGUGUCUCUUGUCUCAGAGUCCAUCACAAAAAGAUUUAACUCCUCAAACCACAAACUGUAACUCAGCUGUUUCUACAUAGCAUUAACCUCAGCUUAGAUCUGUAAAGAUGUAUCGUGGGCUAGUGUUACUGUUCUUGGUUUUGGUGCUGGAAACCCGAUGGAGUGAGUCGAGCUGUCAGCAGUCAGAGUCUCAUAGAUCAGUUUCAGGCGAGAGUCCAAGUUUUCGGCUGUCGGCUCAUAACACGCUGAAGAGGUAUAAUGACAUAGAUUAUGACAGUUUCGUCGGAUUAAUGGGGCGAAGGAACGUCGACACAGCUGAUAUACCACCUCAGCGUAAAAGGGAAAUGCAGGAUAUCUUUGUUGGACUCAUGGGUCGACGAAACGCUGACCCUGAAACUGGGCGUCCGUGGAGGAAAGAGAAUCCAGAAACAGGCGCAAGAGGAGGCAACUUCUUCAACAAAUGCAAACUGAGGUUUCGUCGUGGGUUAUAGGCAAAUGAAUUAUUCCAUUUCCAGUGAAUCAUCUAUCCCACCCUUUCAUGACAAUUCUUUUGAGCAACAACAGAAAGUCAUAAUUUAUUUUACAAAAGUUAUAGAGCAAAAUAAAAUAUUUAUAUAAGAAUGAAUCAAAUAAACAUAAUUUCUUAUGGUGUGAUUUGUUUCAUUGUACUGCAGAUUAUACUACAUUUACCUAGAUAUAUCACCACAUUUGCAUAUCCACUCACAUCCCCUGCAUUUUAAUAUAUUUAUUAAGUUAUUUUU